CAGGGAAGACUUUGAGGAAGACAUUUUCCUGGGUGAUGGGAGGAAGACGUCUUGCGGUGGAAGUGUCGGUGCCGGCAGAAGGAAGCGUGACCUGUCUGUAGAUGACAUCUAUGAGGGCGUGUACACCAACUCUCCCCUCAAACCUGGCACAAGAUACACCAUCAUACACAGGGCUUACGGCAGUCAACCUCAGGAUGGGGCCAUGCCCCUGUACAGCAGUAGUAGUUACUCCCUGCCCAUCAUGACCGCCCCUUUGCCUGGUACCAACUGGAUGCUGAUCCUCAUCAUCCUCUGCUCGGCUGUGGUGGUCCUCAUCAUCCUCACUGUCCUCAUCAUCCUCAUCAGGAGGAGGCUGAACAACAAGGCAGCAGGCAACGGCCUGCCUCAUGUCAGGAGGUCCAAGAAGCGGAGUGGCCUCAGAAACUCCUUCAGGAAGAGCGGUGGGAGGGACGAGGAGAUGCCUCUCCAUAGGGGUGCUGCGUACUACCCUCCCAUCCCCAUGGAGAGACUGGAGAAGGAGUUCAACCGUCGCCAUGCCAACGAUGACCAGCUGUUCCGUGAGGAGUACGACGCCCUGCCACAGGAACCCUCCGCCUCAUACGAGGCCUUCCUCCUACCAGAGAACAGCAAGAAGAACAGAUUCGUCAACAUCAUCAUGUAUGACCACUCCCGUGUGCAUCUGACCUCCAUCCCUGGAGUGGCAUGUUCUGACUACAUCAACGCUAACUACGUGGAUGGCUACAAGCACAGCAAGAAGUUCAUCGCAGCGCAAGGACCCAAGGAGGAAACUCUGAGUGACUUCUGGAGGAUGGUUUGGGAGCAGAACACUGCAACUAUCGUCAUGGUAACCAAUGUCAAGGAGAAGAACAAGGUGAAGUGCAGCCAGUACUGGCCAGACACAGGGUCCCAGCAGUACGGUGACAUCACAGUACGGAGUGAGGAGACUUCCACACUAGUGGAUUACGUCAUCAGGACUCUUACUCUUUGGAAGGGUGAGGAGUCCCGUACCCUUCUCCACUUCCACUUCACCACCUGGCCAGACUUCGGGGUGCCCAAGAGUCCGCUGGGAAUGAUGAAGUUUGUGAGGAGGGUGAAGGCAGCCAACCCUGCCGACUCAGGACCUAUAGUGGUGCACUGCAGUGCGGGUGUGGGACGGACAGGAACGUUCAUCGUGAUUGACGCCAUGUUUGAUAUGAUCGCGGCGGAACAGCGGGUGGACGUGUUUGGGUUUGUCGGACAGAUCCGACAGAGCAGGUGCAUGAUGGUCCAGACGGAGGGCCAGUAUGUGUUUAUCUACCAAGCUCUACUGGAACAUUUCCUGUACGGUGAUACAGAGAUCGAGGUGACGAACCUCCGCAGACAUCUACAGCAACUGGCAGCCAGGCUGCCGAACUCACAGGACACGGGCAUGGAGGCAGAGUUCAAGAAACUGACCCAAAUCCCCAUAGAGAAACACAACAUGAGAUCUGGCAACCUUCCAGACAACAUCAAGAAAAACAGGGUUCUGCAGAUCCUGCCAUAUGACACAUCCAGAGUGUACAUCACCCCCACAGUGGGUAUGAAGAACUCAGACUACAUCAAUGCAGCCUUUGUCGAUGGGUACAGAGAGAAGGAUGCCUAUAUCGCCACCCAAGGCCCCCUACCCAACACAGUGACUGACUUCUGGAAGAUGGUUUGGGAAUGGAAGUCCUGCUCUAUCAUCAUGCUGACAGAGCUGGAGGAGAGGGGUCAUGAAAAGUGCCAUAAGUAUUGGCCAGGUGAAGUAGAGAUGUAUGGAGACAUCUGUGUGGAGGCUAAGGGAGACAAAACCUUCCAAGACUACACCGUCCGAACCUUCCACAUUACCAACACAAAGACCCACAAGUUCCAGAAGCAUGCUGAAGGGGAGACAGAAGGACUGCUGGAAAAGAAGGCGUCCUGUCGUACCAUUCAGCAGUUCCACUUCCACGGCUGGCCGGAGAUCGGCAUCCCUGCCAAUGCUGCCGGCAUGCUGGACCUGAUUGGUCAGGUGGAGAGGCAGCAACAGCAGUCCGGAAAUGGACCAAUCACGGUGCACUGCAGUUCUGGUGCAGGCCGCACAGGGGCGUUCAUAACCCUGAGCACAGUGAUUGAGCGGGUGAAGGCAGAGGGCAUCUGUGAUGUUUUCCAAACUGUGAAGUCCAUGAGAUAUCAGAGACCUCACAUGGUGCAAACAGUGGAACAGUACCAGUUCAUCUACCAGGCAGUACUGGAGUACCUGGACAGUUUCACUCUCUAUGCAAACUUUAAGGACCUGCAGUAGCCUAGCCUGUCUAACUCAGACUCUUCACUGUUCAAGACCAUAACCCAGGAGGUCUGUGUCCGCAGAGCUUGUGGACAUAAACCUCUAACUCAGGAGAACCCUUGGAAUAAGAAUCAACCACGAAUGAGAGGCUCGUAUAAAAGUCAAAGUGGAUCUUGUCCCAAACAAAACAAUUUUGAUUAGAACUGAUCAAAACCCUCGACAACCGUAAGCUCAAACUGUGAAAUAAUCAAAUUUCAGUCGAUGACAUUAGCAAAAUUAGGGAGGGAGUGGGUACUAUUCUCAUUCCUUUUUUUCUUGUGGAGUCCUGGAAAGUGUUGUGAGGACAAUUUCUCAUCAAAGUUUUGUGUCUGUUUAACAGCAUCUAUUGGAAAGCUGGAUCUCUCUCUCUACUAUUUGGUGUGGAAAGUCUUUCUAAAGUGGAAACAUUCCAAUCCAGUGUUUUGGGACCAAAAUUUAUGUGUCUUUAUGUUGAGCUGGCAGCACAGGCAUCACAUUAUAGUUGGCUGGCUUAUGUGGUUAUCCUUGACAAAGGAGCUGUCAACAUGUAUUGGUUGCAUAUCCCUAUUGUGUGACUUAGUAGAGAUGGUUUUCAACAGGAGCUGAAAAAUGGUACAUGGUUACUGCAAAGAGAGGAAUGUCAAAGUGUCCAAUGUCUAGCAUUGAAGCCCUUGCAUUUUGCAAAAUGAUUUUUGUUACAUGAAGCAUAUAGUUAGAAUAAUCACUGACACCUCAAACCAAAAAUCUUGGAACUGACACCAGAAGACAAAGAUUAGACUUGGGCCUCUGACUUGCAACAUAAUGGUGUUUCAAUGGUUGUUUUUGUAAAAGGUGUCCGGCAAAAGGAAGGAAGUAAAUUGUAAUUGUAAUCUAAAGUUUGAGUGGAUGAAAUACUUCAUUCAGCUGCAAUAAUAGCAAAAAGUGAGGCUUGAUUUUUAAAUCAUGUGAAUUGGCCCAGAUUGUUUUUAAGCCAGUGACAUAAAGAUAGCUAUUAAGUUGGGACAAGUGCAAGGUUAAAAUGUGCCUGUGAUAAAGUGGAAAUUUGUAUUUUUUCCAAAAUUUUAGAGUUCAAGAUCUACUAUUAAGGUUGGUUAACAAAGUAGGUUGAAUGAUUUUUAAAUGAUAUGUUAAUAAACCUAACAGUAAGUUGCCCAUUACUCUUGCAUUGCAAGGGCCCAAUGAUAUUCCUUGUAUUUUAGUCCAAACUUCUAUUCCAACCCUUUAAAGUGAAGUUCUAAACAAAACAGACAAUCUUAUAGAUAAAUCAUACUACAUGUAUUAUACACCUGUUAUUCAAAGUAUUAUUCCAGACAUGAGCACACCAGUAGUAAUACAAAUUUACAAGGUUUUGAUUUUUUUUAUCUCUCAAAUCCCCUAUCUUUACAGAGAGAAAAAUUGUUAGCAAAACAUAGAAAGAAAUAGUACACCAGAUUAUAUCGAUAUACCACCUUAUUAUAAGUAUAUACCCUUUGUAUCCCCAAGGAGCUUUUAGUACAUAUAUUUUUCCUUCAGUUUUUCGAAUUUGAUAGAUAAUGGACAAAGGAAAUAAUUCUUAGGGUCCAAAGAAUACACGAAGUUGCAAAAGCCCUGUGCUUUGUAAAUACUUGUGCCAGCACUAGGGUUCCUCUGUGAAUGAUGAUGAUGUUGAAGUCCUUGAGUGGUUAUUUGUGCCAUUGUAAGAUAUCUAUGUGCCUUAGAGUAGAUACACGUACAUGUAUGUGGCAGGAAGAGCGUCAAAUCAGAUUGUCAAGAAAGAUAUGCUUACAGUUUGUAUUUGUGGAAGAAAUACAGUUUAGAUUUUCAACUUGAACGUCAUUAGCCAAUUAGAAAGCCCAUGUAAAACAUGGGGCUUGCUCAUUGGCCAGACUUGUAGACAACAGGUUUCAUUUGUGAGAAUGCCAAAACCAAUCAGAAGACCAGUUUGAGAAAUGCAGCAUGGUGAUUGGCUGGGCACAAAGGAAAGUUUGAUGGCUCGUUUUCAUUGGCUGACCAUAUCAUCCAUGUUCUAUGAUAUUGUCCAAGUUGUACAUAUGUCUUAUGAUUUUUGAAAAUACUCAUAUAGCAGGAAAAUCAUAUUCUUAAUGGUCCACAUUGACCAAAUUGCGGUCAUAUAUACUUGGUAUAUGAUGAUAUACUUGGUAACAGAAUGUUUUGGUUUUGGGACCAUUUUUGGUGUGUCUUAGUCAUUUGCAUAGAUGCAGUCACCCAAUCAUGAUACAACACAUAAAAAAAUAUAUAACAAGAAUGUAGUCAAUACGAAAUGGGUUCCUUUUGUAUGUAUAUUUACUGACAAUCACAAUUUUAUCCAGAUAUACUUUAUCUCACUUAUUGUAAUAUAUGACUUUUAAUUUUUGUUAUGGUUAAAAUGCAAUAUAGCUGAAUAUUUGUAUUUUAUAUACAUGUAAUUAUAUAAGGAUUUGGACCAAAAUAAAUGCACGAUAUUUUAGUAAACUUUUUAAGCCAUGGCACUGAAUGCUGUUGGUAUUGGCAAAUUGGGAUCAUAUACCCCAAUAUGUUGGUGUAUUUUACCAUUUUGUACGGAAAAGACUUGGAGCUUGGUUGGAACUCGUUUGUUGCAUCUCUAACUGAAAGCAAAUGUGAUACUUGACACCAGUCUACAUGGUUUUACACUUUUGUUAUGAAAUGUAUGAAAUAAAUGAAUAAGAC